CUUUUUCCUCGUGGCAUUAUAAUACAUAAAAGAAACGAGAUUGUGAGGAAUACAGAAAAUACAGUUGUUCUAACGAUCAAAAGAUGAUGAAAAUUUUUGUUGUGUUGUUUGCGCUACUAGGAGUAUCUUCCGCUUACAAGUGUUCGGAGCCUGCAGAAAUUGAUUGGCCUGAUAAGGUCAGAAUAUGUGAUGAAGCAUUUGGACAAAAUCCUGCAUGUGACGAUACAAUAAAUCUAUAUAACCAUGUUGAUAUAGAAGACGCCCUUAAAGCUGACAAAGACCUCCUAUCCUUCGUUGAGGAUUCAUGUAAAAUAUAUUCUCCAGAACUUCCCGUUGAAUAUGAACAAUGUCCGAUUGAUGGCGGUGAGCUUGGAAAAACGCUAGGCAGAUGUCAGAAGGUGUGUAAUGGCGUGUAUAAAAACAUAACAGCUAUAAAUGUGCAAAUGAUGGACGAUAAAACAAUGGCAAUGAGAUGGAGCAAGUGUUUUGUUGUACGUCCAUGGGAACAGAAAGUUUACUACAUGAAAUGCUUAAAUGAUGCUCCAGAAACUUUUACUAGCACAUCAUUCAGAUGUGUUCCAGACAACUUCAUCAGACGUAGGGUUGCAGUAUUCUGUCCAGAAUUUAAAGAGCACCAAUGUCAAAAAGUGGACCUCGAAUUACCAACCAAUUGUGCUGCAAGCCGAUUUGAAUGUGUCCAACCGAAGAAAACAAAGCAACAAAGCGUAGACAGCUUUUUCGAUUCAUUGUUUUUGUAGUUCUUUAAACAAAAAACAAUCCACACGGUGCGGUGUAGGUCAAAUGUAAUGUUAUCAGCAAAAUCAACAGGACAGGAAGAAAUAGAUGACAUGAUUUAAAAUUUGAUCCUCACAGAUUUGGAAAGUUUUGAUUUACUUAUUUUAAAUCCAUGCAGACUGUGAUAUUUUGUUGUUGUUUGUAAUAUUGUUCAUUUCAUCAUCAAUUAUGCCAUGUUCUUGUAAUAGUGACUAAUGUAUAAAUAAAAUAUAAACUUUUA